AUGACUUUUCAUUUCUUAGAGCCACAAACGACUGAUGGAUCGGAAAAGGUCACAGAGAAGAGAAUACCAAAUGCUUUCAUUGAUUAUCGUAACGAAAUGAUGCAAUAUAACAAAGAUAAUUUGCCGAUGACGGAGUUCAGCAAGCUGGUAUCUCAAAAUUGGCGUGAUAUGCCAGAAGAUAAAAAAGCUGAACGAAUGAGAAAUUAUCAGAUCAGACGGGAUCAAAGGUCAUCUAACACCGUGAAUGAACAUGCCAUUGCUGUUCAAAAGAGCGAAAGUUCAUGCUCUAUUCCUUCGGUUGCUAUUCAAAUGGGUGAAAGAUCGGACUCUAAUACUUCGAUGUCAGUUUAUCGGUUCAAUCAGUAUCAACCAUGUUCCAACCUAAUGAACUAUCAACAUUCCGUAGAUGAACAAAUGUGCGAAAAUUCUGACUUUAAUACUUUGAUAGCAGCGGUUGAUCAAAUCAAUCAGUGUCAUUUUUUUCCCAACGCAACGAACGAAGAAAAUGUCGUUUCUAGACAUAUGGGAGAAAAUUUUGACUUUAAUUCUUCAAUGGCGGAAGUUGGUCAAUUUAAUUUAUAUCAAACGUUUCCAUACGUAAUGAAUAACGAAAAUGAUGUAUAUGAUCUAAUGAGCGAAAAUUUAGAUAAUCUUUCGAUGUAUCAACCAUUUUCCAACAUAAUGAUCGACGAAUAUAUCCUUUCUGGUCAAAUGAGCGAAAGUUUAGAAUUAAAUUCUUCGAUGGAGUUCAACCAGUAUCAAGAGUAUCAAGGCGAAUAUUUGGACUAUGAUUCUACGAUGGCAUCAUAUUAUCAAUUUAAUCAGUAUCAAACGUUUCCAAACGCAAGAAACGACGAACAUUACGUUGUUGGACAAACGGGCGAAAGUUUAGACUUAAGUCCUUCGAUAGAGUUCAAUCAGUAUCAAGGCGAAUAUUUGGACUAUGAUCCUUCGAUUGCAUCAUCAUAUGACCAAUUUAAUCAGUAUCAAACAUCGGACUCUAUUCCUUUGAUAACAGAUAUGGGAACAAUUUAUAAUUGUCCUUCAGUAUGUUGA